GUGAGAUGACGUGGAGGGGCAUCCUACGUCCUCCGUCCUCCGCACCGAGCCUUACACCUCCAAUAAAUUGAGACUCGUAGGGUCGCAUUCCCUGCAACCGCUUCCACCCAAAAGGGGGAAAUAAAUUGGCGGGAACACAUUUCAUUCAUCUGUCAGUAGGGUUUCAAACUUUCAACCCUAACUCCCAAAUUCACUCUCUCACAACAAAUCAACACUCACUGUUAGAUAUUUCUCACCAUCACCGACUCUGAUCGGAAAAAAAACAUGUACGCUGGCGAGUUCGACGGCGCCGCCGCCUUCUCCGGCGGCGGUUUCAUGCCUUCUCAGGCCACUCAGACUACUGAUCCAUUCCCCUCCGCCUUAAGCAAGCAUCGUGAUAAGCAGACGCUGAUUCCGUUAACCGUGAAGCAAAUCAACAAAGCGUUGUUGUCAAAUGACGAUAAAGUGAAUUUUCUCAUUGACGGUGUCGAUGUCAAUAACGUUAAGUUGGUUGGGAUGGUGCUGAAUAAGGCUGAGAGGGUUACUGAUGUUUCUUUUGUGCUUGAUGAUGGUACCGGUCGUAUUGACUGUAACAGAUGGGUUCAUGAGGCUGUUGACACGAAGGAGAUGGAAGCGAUAUUGGAAGGAAUGUAUGUUCGAGUUCAUGGACAACUGAAAGGCUUUCAGGGGAAGAAGCAGUUAGUGGUCUUUGGUAUCAAGCCCGUGACUGAUUUCGAUGAGAUCACACAUCACUUUGUUGAAUGCAUAUAUGUCCACUCUUACAACACAAAGUUGAUGAAACAACAACCUAGCAGCAGUAAUCAAACCCAUAUGCCAGGUUCAGCUGCCACCACACAAACCUAUCAAACCGCCCCAUCAAAUCAAUUCACCGGUCAAUAUGUUGCUAAUGGACUUCAGGGAAUCGAGAAAAUGGUGUUAGAUUAUUUGCAUUUGCCGGCUAGUAUAGCGAGGGAAUCAGGAGUACACCAAGAAGAACUUGCUACACAACUGGGCAUCCCGUUGGACAAGAUACAGGCUACGCUUAAUUGUCUGGUGGAGGAAGGGCUAGUUUACAAUUCAGUUGAUGAUUUUCACUUUAAAUCUGCUGCCAACGGCUGAUUUGUCUUGUCGUAUUAGCGUUUGUGAUUCUGGGAUUGUUUCAAGUAGGGAAUGAUUUGAUAAUAUCUGUUUUGAAAUUUUCCUGUGUGUUUCCUGUACUUGCCUUUUUUGGUAGUUUUAAAGAUUACCGAAACAGGUUACGCUGGUAUGAUAAAAGACAUUUUUAUAUGUUUGUCCACAA